AAAUACGCUGGCGUGGAGACCGGGGUUGGUCCCCGGCGGGGCAGGGGGCGGGCUCAGGCCGGAACUCCAGAGGCGACCUCAGCCAACUGCUCCUGCGCCGGGCGGGGCGGUCGCCGCCAGCGGCUCAGAGCGCCGGAAGGGCCGGGUCUCAGGACUCCUGGAGCUGCAGGCGGCGGGAGGGGCUACAAAUACUUGACUCAGUGAUGCAGAACCUUUCAGAGUUAGCUGGAAGCCACAGCCCUGCCUCUUGAUGCAGCCUGGAUCCAGCCGGUGUGAAGAGGAGACCCCUUCCCUCUUGUGGGGUUUGGAUCCUGUGUUUCUAGCCUUUGCAAAACUCUACAUCAGGGAUAUCCUGGACAUGAAGGAGUCCCGCCAGGUGCCAGGUGUAUUUUUGUACAAUGGACAUCCAAUAAAACAGGUAGAUGUCUUGGGAACUGUCAUUGGAGUGAGAGAAAGAGAUGCUUUCUACAGUUAUGGAGUGGAUGACAGCACUGGAGUUAUAAACUGCAUCUGCUGGAAAAAGUUGAACACUGAGUCUGUAUCAGCUGCUCCAAGUGCAGCAAGAGAGCUCAGCUUAACCUCACAACUUAAGAAGCUGCAAGAGACCAUUGAGCAGAGAACAAAGAUAGAGAUUGGGGACACGAUCCGAGUCAGAGGCAGUAUCCGCACAUACAGAGAAGAGCGAGAGAUUCAUGCCACCGCUUACUAUAAAGUGGACGACCCAGUGUGGAACAUUCAAAUUGCAAGGAUGCUUGAGCUGCCCACUAUCUACAGGAAAGUUUAUGACCAGCCUUUUCGCAGCUCAGCCCUAGAGAAAGAAGAGGCACUAAGCAAUCCAGGCGCCCUGGAUCUCCCCACUCUCACGAGUUUGCUGAGUGAAAAAGCCAAAGAAUUCCUCAUGGAAAACAGAGUGCAGAGCUUUUACCAGCAGGAGCUGGAAAUGGUGGAGUCUUUGCUGUCCCUUGCCAAUCAGCCUGUGAUUCACAGUGCCUGCUCCGACCAAGUGAAUUUUAAGAAGGACACCACUUCCAAGGCAAUUCAUAGUAUAUUUAAGAAUGCUAUACAACUGCUGCAGGAAAAAGGACUUGUUUUCCAGAAAGAUGAUGGUUUCGAUAACCUAUACUAUGUAACCAGAGAAGACAAAGACCUGCACAGAAAGAUCCACCGGAUCAUUCAGCAGGACUGCCAGAAACCAAAUCACAUGGAGAAGGGCUGUCACUUCCUGCACAUCUUGGCCUGCGCUCGCCUGAGCAUCCGCCCGGGCCUGAGUGAGGCUGUGCUGCAGCAAGUUCUGGAGCUCCUGGAGGACCAGAGUGACAUUGUCAGCACAAUGGAGCACUACUACACAGCGUUCUGAGCAGAGACACGCAGACCAGCUGAGGAGGACAAAGAUAAGAGUUCCUCCAUGGGACUGAGCACCAUCCAUCCACCCACAGGAGCAGCUAACCUGAUAACCACCAGCCUCACCCUCCCUGCCUUACUUCCCUGCUCCCCUUUACCACAUGCUGACCUCCCAAAUGCAUUUCUUGCUUUCCAGUCUCUGUCUCAGGAUUGGCUCCUGGAUGAACACAAACUAACACUAUGUUCACAAAUAUAUUUGGGAAAUGCUGGAUGAAUAAUUAUACACAUCAGACAGAUUACUAGAAAUGCUCACCAAAGGGAUGCACAUGUUACCUCUGCAUGGUGAGAUCUCAGGUACUUUUUACCCAACAUGGCUAUCCUUUGGCAUUUUUAUAAUUAGCAAGUGCUCACUCUUCCACUGUCAGUACAUUCUCAUUCUUCUUGGGCGCUGGACAAGAAUUCAACCGGUGUGUUGGUGGUUUGAGGCCGGCCUGGGUGGUCUCAAACUCCUGACUCCUUAUAUAAUUUCUACAAAAAUUAUAAAGCUGUUUCCCACUCCCUACCCCACACUCAUGUAACCUGAAGCAUGAGUAAACCAAGAAUGAGGUAGGCCUCUGUCUUCUACAGCAACAUCAGAACUCUAAGAACAUGAGGGACUCUUAGAAAACUCUCUGGAGCUAACCACAGUUGGGUCACUGCUCAUGUACUGAAGACCAGCCAGAGGGUUCCCCUGAAAAGGAGGGAAACUGAGCAAACAUUCUCCAGUUCUCUUAGUGUGCACGUGUUUCAGGAGGUGUGAACCCCACAUGUAGCUUGUGUAGGCAAGAAGACAAAUAGUGCUACUGUCUGGUCAAGGAUUUGUUUGAAGAGCCAUGAUUAUGCCCAUAUGGUAAGCUACCAGUGCUCCCCAUCCCUGUAAGACACUUCUUUCUCAUUAUUUCCUCCUCUGAUGGUGUGCCAGGAUGCUGGCCGAGAGAAGCCAAGUGGAAAGAAGGCUGUUCAGUGACAAGGAACCUAAGACUUAGUGCCAAGGACUGAAACCAAGUAAACUUGUAAUUUUCCGUGAUGGAAACAUCUACACUUUCUCAUUAGUGGCUUCUACAGCAGUUGCCCCAAAGAAGCGUCUCAUUGUUUUCUUACUACAUUUAUGUGAAGCAUACAGGCAAACUCAGAAAGACUGUGAUAAGGCUCGCCAGAGAUGCUGCACAGGUGCUGGGGGAAAAGCAGGACCAUCCUGAAGGGAGAUGGUGUCUGUGGACAAAGAACUCUGCAGUGGUUCUUAUUUGCAUGAUUUCUGCUGGUGUAAAUGUGAGCUCAAGCUCCCACAUAAGUGAGUUUUCAUUGUAAUCCAGAAUUUUUUUAAAUCACCCCACUUCUAUUGAACUUGCACUAUCGUCUGUUCACCUCUACUGUAUUUAUUAAAUAAAUCUAAAUAGGUAAAUCACAGUACAGCAAAAGGUUCUGUGUUCCCCAGAAUUCUAAUCAAACUCCAAAUUCCUGAAAAGGCUCUAGUCCUUUUCUGUAUGUCAAAUUUAAAUGAUAAGUUUUCAUUUUGUAACAUAAAGAGGGAUUUUGAAGACCACAGCACAGCCCUGGGGUUUUUGCAUAGAGAUAAUAAACAGAUGAUCAGUUUUCAGACUGA